UAAGCCCUUGUAGCCAAAGUCUGGAGUGGUUGCAUGCACCAUUAUGGCGCUUUCUGGCUGUCCUUUUGGUGUGUUGGUGGCGAUUGUAGUCGUGUUAGCCGGUGAUGUUGCUGUGGCUCAGCGUCAGUACACCGGAGCGCUGAAUAAAUAUGACUCUCUUGCACGGCUGCCUCAGCAACCAACAAAAGUCUCCCAUCCACCUGAGGGUCAUUUUGACAGAUGCCAAGUGGAGCAGCGUGAGAGGAUCCUGUGCGGCAGCCCAGAGAUCACCAACCAACAGUGUGCAGAGAUCAACUGCUGCCAUGAUGGAAGGCAGUGCUACUACAGCAAAGCGGUGACCGUGCAGUGUACUAAAGACGGACAGUUUGUGGUGGUGGUUGCUCGGGAGUCCACUUCGCCCCCUGUGGAUGUGAAUUCCGUCAGCCUGCUGGAAACCAACGAUCCCUCAUGUAGUGCGGUUGAUGUCAGCUCCACUUUCGCCAUCUUUCAGUUUGCCAUGACCCUGUGUGGCACUACGGUCAAGCAGGAGGAAGAUGGUUAUGUGGUUUAUGAGAACCACAUGUCGUCGUCAUAUGAUGUGGGAAUCGGCCCCAGAGGCUCCAUCACCAGGGACAGCCAUUUUGAGUUGCUCUUCCAGUGUAGAUACUUGGGCACCGCCGUGGAGGCUCUAAUCAUGGAGGUAAACACUAUUCCCCCACCUGGGUCAGUCGCUGCUGCUGGAGACCUCAGAGUGGAGCUCAGACUGGGUAAUGGAGUGUGUCUCUCAAAGGGCUGUGUGGAGGAAGAGGCAGCGUACAGCUCCUUCUACACCGCAACAGACUACCCAGUCACCAAAGUGCUGAGGGACCCAGUGUAUGUUGAGGUGCGCAUUCUCGAGAAGGCAGACCCCAACAUAAUCUUGAACCUGGAGCACUGCUGGGCCACAACAACCCCUAAUCCUCAGAGCCUGCCCCAGUGGGAUAUCCUCGUAAAUGGUUGUCCCUACCAUGAUGACCACUACCAGACCACUUUGGUGCCUGUGCAUGGAUCCUCCGGCCUUCGAUACCCAAGCCAUUAUAAACGUUUCAUCUUCAAGAUGUUCUCCUUUGUGGAUCAAAGCACCUUCAGCCCUCAGAAAGAUAGGGUCUUCAUCCACUGUUCCACAGCCGUGUGCUAUGAAAGUAGCACACACUCUUGUGAACAACCGUGCCGUAGACAACGUCGUUCUCUGGCUGUAGUGAAUAAGUCUCAGAACCAGGGGGCUUUGGUAUCAAGCCAUGAGGUGAUUCUGACUCCGCCUUGGAAAAGAUAACUUACUGCAAGCUGGUCAUGACUUUUAAUAAAGGCUUGCUGAAAAGCA